CGCUCGUCGCCAACUGCUAAAAGAAGACUUCGUAGGCCACCAACGCGAUACCAACGCGAUAUUGCACAAAUGUGGGCCGCCAGAACACAAAAUACUUCAAGACAAGAUGCUGCUCGUGAGCCCGUCUGGGUUCGGGCCCACCCCGAGAACGAUCCUCUUCCUCUCGGUGCGCCAGCUUCAAACGUUCAUGCCUUAUUAGGGUAGGUAGCCGGGCAAAACACCGACGCAAUCUCGUCAACAUGGGCUACAAAGGCGCCCUGUCCCGCCUGGGCGCGAGCAUCAGGCCAUGGCUGCCCCCGGUCAACUACAUAACCUGCCACUAUGCAUAUUUUCUCCUUGUCGGCCUGGCCGCGACUCUCAUCUUCUGGGGCGCCUCUCGUCCUGCCCUGAGUAUCGGCUUCUGGGACAGCAUGUUCCUGGCCUUUUCCGCCCUGACAUCGGCCGGUCUGAACACGGUCAACAUCAGCGCAAUGUCCACUGGCCAGCAAGUUAUUCUGGCAGUCCUCCUCAUGCUGGGGAACCCCAUCAUGAUAUCCAUCUUCACACUUGUCUUCAGGAUGUACAUUUUUGAGAGACGCUUCAAGGAUAUAGUGCAGGCUGAAAGAGACCGGAAGAUGAAGUCGACAGGUGCAGUCGUCGGAAUGGCCGGCGCCAUGUUUGGGCUGCCUGUCAUGUCCACCUUUCGCUCCAGAGACAAGACCGAAUCAAGAUCCCAGAGGUUUCGCACCGCAGUCUCUCGCGAUAGGGACCAAUCCAUGAUGGCAGGCUUGGGCACCAGGAUUGCCGCAUCCCCCAACACAGGCGACUCGCAAAAGUCAAAGUCACCAACGCCGGGUGAGCUGGCUGAGAAGAAGACACAGGCUGACCUGGAGGCCGCAAGGGGUCCAUUCCUGGCUCCCCCAAACUUGAAGCCCACCCCGUCGGAAAUUCCCAUAAGCCCCGGCGGGCGAAGCAUCAAAUUUCUGGACCCUAUCACCGAGGGCGAGCCCAGUCACGCAACGGGGCUUGGGGUCUCCAGUGCAUACCAGCGUGGGAGCCCGCAGGUAACCAGCCAGAAAUCUUCAGUCAGUCAAGAUACCUCGAAUGGGCGUCCGUCUCGAUCAAACCAGGAGCCGUCCUUCAGUAUCGACACAUUCCUGAAACAGAACAAGGUCAAUGUCGGCCGGAACGGGCAGUUUCACAACCUAACAGCACGAGAACGUGAAUACCUAGGCGGUGUCGAGUACCGCGCCAUAAAGCUGCUCAUUGCCACGGUCACGGUGUACUUCUUCCUCUGGCAGAUCCUCGGUGCCAUCGCCCUCGGGGCCUGGAUAGCGGUCAACAAUCCUUCAGCUGCCAGGGAGAAUGCACAAAACCCCUGGUGGACAGGUGUGUUCAUCGCAAUCUCUGCGUUCAACAACGGUGGUCUGACGCUUUUGGAUGCUGGUAUCGCGGCAUUCGAGAGCGCCUGGUUCCUAUUGGUGGUCACGGUCUUCUUGAUGCUUGCGGGCAGUGCAGCAUUCCCGGCAUUUUUGAGACUGAUCCUCUGGAUCAUGUCUCAAGUCUUGAAAUAUGGCACUUCUGAGGGAGACUAUGCCAUCACCAAGGAGACUCUCGAUUUCACGCUCAAGUACCCACGUCGAGUAUACACCAUGCUCUUCCCCUCUAAGCCUACUUGGCUACUUGUUGCAAUGCUUGUUGUUCUGGUGGCCGCGGACUGGGUUGCAUUGCUGGUCCUGAGUAUCGGGAAUUCAGCCCUGGACACAAAUCCUUCUGGUGAGCGGGUGUUCAACAUGCUCUUCCAGUCAAUAUCAAUCUGGUCUGGCGGGUUCGCCAUCAUACCACCGUCCAUCGCAUAUUUUGACAUUCAGGUGCUGUGGCUUGUCAUUAUGUACCUCGAGACGUAUCCAGGUACUAUCACAAUGCGAAACUCCAACGUAUAUGAGGAGCGGUCUCUCGGUAUUUAUGCUGGAGAUGAUGAGCCUGACAGCGACGAGAAGAUGGAUCCUGGAAAAGGAGAGAGUGCCCAGCUCGCUGCCCAGUCACUGCUAGCGGUGCCACAAGGGAACAAUGGGCCAUUCUCACCCACUUCGGCUUUUUCACAGACCUCCAACUUGUCAACUCGUUCCAUCAAGAAACUCGCUCAAGUCGGCCGGCGCGGUACAGCCUUUGUUGGGCGCCAGAUCCAGCGGCGCAUGACAGGCUUUCAGGGUGUCGGUGUCAGCGCACCGCGGCGGCCUGGCCGCGUUAACGGCGGCGCCUCAAGAAGCACCUUCUUCCACGGCUCCUCGCCAAUACCUUCAAAUUCCUCUUCGACAACGAUUGCAUCAAUAUCGACCACGAACGAAGGAGAGGUCGACCUCGUCUCGCAGCACGUACGAAGCCAGCUCUCCCACGAUAUUUGGUGGAUGGCGCUCGCUAUGUUCCUUAUUGCAGUGAUUGAGACAAAGCACAGCAUCCUCGAUCCGGAGACUUACAGCGUUUUCAAUAUCAUGUUUGAGGUCGUUAGCGGUUACACGAACAUAGGGCUGUCGCUGGGCUUGCCAAAUCAGGCGUAUAGUUUCAGUGGGGGCUUAUAUACUGGCAGCAAAAUUGUCAUGGUGUUGGUCAUGAUACGAGGGAGACACCGUGGCUUGCCCGUGGCCCUGGAUCGUGCCGUCAGGCUGCCUAAGGAGCAGCUUGAUGACGAGGAAGAGGAGGAUGCCGAGAUAAGAAGGGCUAUCAGUCGUGACACAAGCGUUAGAAGUCGCGUGGUCAGUCGCAGAGUGUCUUUCGAUGGGCCGUCUCCAUGAUACUUCGAUGCCACUCGUCGCUGCUCGCCAAGUCCGUUGGAGACUCCAACAUUAGAAACAGUUAUACCCCUUGCAGCUGAACUUUUGGCAAGAUCUCUCCCAUUCCACAAAUGGCCUGGACCCUCCCUUCAGGCUGCUCUCUGACCUAUGCGCGCAAAGCGUGUUGAGCAAACGCUGCAGAUGAGGGAUCGAGAAUCAGGCUGAAACUCUUGAGCAUACAUCCACUUUGGAUCGUGUUCUUGGAGUUGUACUCGAUCGAAUGAGCGACCUUGUUACGCGAGUAUAACAUUGUACAAAGCGCUUCGCCAUUCCAAGGUUGCGUCUACUGCCGUUUCAGAGGGGAUAUCUUGCUGCGUACCGAUUUCGGCCAAGUCGUA